AAUCAACAGUGAUACCACAUUGGGAUUAUAGCAAUUUUCAUAGAUCAACAGGAAAGACGUGAAGCAAGAGGACGACAAAUUUGUGGGAACUAACUAGCUGCUGUGGAUUGACUGGAGGAUUGAAAGAGGAUGAGAGAGACAAAGAAGGCAGAGCGGAUAAACUAAACACAAUUUGAGGAGAUCAGUUGGAACGUGUAAAAAAAAAAAAGACACUUUGUUUUCCGUCCGUCUGCUGCCAGGCCCCAGACCUGCCAGACCUGAGCUGCUGGUGCACACCAACACAGAGUAAUUUUCUCAGCGUCAGCCAGUUGACGGGUGAAGUCAGAGCCGUGGGGAAGAUUGGGCUUGAUCUGCUUUCGGCUUUGCCAGAAGUGUCAGGUCCGUCGCCGCUGGAGCUCAUUGUUUCUGCAGAGGCACGGAGAGUGAGAGCGCGGGCAGUGUGUAGUAAUCUAAGGAUGACACCCACACUUUAUUCCAUCAGAUAGCGUUCAGUGAGGUGUGGCGCGUCACACUUAAUCUCGGCGUUACAGAGCACACAUAUAACACGUGUACUCGCACACACAAACACACUGGAGAUUUAACUCUAAGAGGCGGAUGACGCAUUAGGUCCCGACAAUCAGCGGAACCUUAAAGGUAGCAGGCUCUUGGAUCAGUGUGUAUCGCUGAGUGUGUGUCGGGAGUGCAACCAGGCGCUGACUGUGCCCAGUGGAGCAUGUUGGAAAGGAAGCGUUAGGCAGGUUGAUGCCGCACGAUUAUUCCGUCUGAUAGCCUGUGAUUAUUCUGAGAAGUCUAAAAUUACCAUGUAAAAUCACUGUCCACUUACGCUGCAGUGUAUACAUGAUAGCAUAUCGGAAGAGUUCUGGCAUUCAAGCGAAUAAUGGUGGAUACCUUGUGAGGAUAGUGUUCACGUCUCUGGGGUAAAAUAGCCGAGCAAAAAGUGUAAUAUCACAAAACUGAAGCGCAUCGCUGCAGCGUGCUCAAAGCUUUUCACGUUGGUUACACUACACAGAGCAAGCGCUUCCACUCUGUGUCUCUAUAGAGCGGCACUUAGGCUCAAUGGAUUUUAUUUAACCUCAGCUAUCUGCAGAUGAGUUGCAGUGAGAUGGUGUCUCUGUCUCUCCUGAGGCCUGCCCUGUUUGGUCAUAGCUCAAAGGCACAUUGACUUCCACCUGCCUGUGAGUCGAUGUGAGAAGUGCUGGAAACCUCGCUUGGUCUCAUUAAAAUACAAUCUGUUGAAGAUGAACAUCGUUGCCCUAGAUUCCUCCUUCCUCAAGGGCACGGCAAUGUAGGUAGCUGGAUUUCAAAAGUUAGCAUUUCAGUCAACAUCAGUAGAUUUAAACUUGCCUUACUUGAUAAGUCUGUUUCCCAGCCUUUCUGAAGGAAAUAUAGUUUAAUUGAUCGCUCCUGUUCCUUUGAGCAGUGUGGUUUGACCUGCAGGAGACAAGCAGUCUAUAUGUUGUGGUUAGUUUGUGAGGAUGACUGGAGCUGGGAGCUGGUUUAAACACUGUGGGUGAUCAGCUAAUUAACUUGUCCCUCAUUUGGUUGAUUUCAUGGCCACCAUAAUUGAAAACCCUCGCUGUUAAAGAACAUGGAAUUGCAGGUAUGCUUUGGUUAAACUUGGUAUUGGUUUUUCUGGUUUAUUGAUCCUGAGGUCUCUGGCUUUGUUCCUCUGAGGCUUACAGGGCUGAGGUAGAAAAUAUCUCGCCUUGCAGUGUUUGCCUCCCUGUCAUUUUGCUUUGAUGGGACUGAGCUCCCGCACUGCUUUGUAGCUGCAAAACUCCGGCGCCGUAUAGAUUUAAGACGCUGCACCGUGUCGUAAGUUCUUUCUAAACAAGGUGCCAAAGUCAAGUUUGUAACUUUCUGUCGCUCUGAGCUCAUUUCUGGGUGCAUUGUGAUGUGGCGUCUAAAUCAGCAGCUCGGUGAGCAAUCCAGCGUGCAAGCCUUGGCUGAAGCAGUUUGUUUGCAUGUGCUGUGAUGCAAUGCAGCACAUAAGAGUCCUUUCAUAAAGUGUCGUCCUCAAACAACAACUUCUGUCUGAUUGCACUGAAGUAAAGCGCAGCGGUUAGCGCGCACACGUGCCUGCAGCUUUGCAAAAAAACUAAUUGCAGAGUGUGUGUGGACUUGUUUAUCUAUAGCAGUGCAGGCAGGGUCACAGAGGAACCAUUGAUCAAGCGUGCACAUCCACACACACGUUCACACAUACACAUAGAGCUUCUCAAUACACAAUGAAGCCUGUCCGAAGCUCUGACCCCCUCCCGGCUCCUUUCUCUCUGGCCCUGCGCUGCCUGGUCCUGAUCCUGCUCUGUAUCACUCCUCAUUGUCAGGCGGUGCAGGCGGAGAAUGUUACAGUCUUGGAGGGAGGUACGGCCCAGAUCUCCUGCCGUCUGCAAAACUACGAUGGAUCAAUCGUGGUCAUUCAGAAUCCCCGCCGACAGACUCUCUUCUUCAACGGCACGCGAGCACUGAAGGAUGACCGUUUCCAGAUGGUGCUCUUCACGCCGCGGCUGGUGCGCAUCACGUUGACCAACGUCAGCGUGCUGGACGAGGGCGGCUACUUCUGCCAGCUCUACACGGACGCCACGCACCACCAGGUGGCCACGCUAUCCGUGUCUGUGCCGCCGGAGACGCCCACGGUGGACGUGAAGCAGGAGGCCGUGGAGGGCGGAGAGGUGGAGCUCACCUGCGUAACACCGCGCAGCAAGCCGGCCGCCACCCUGCGCUGGAUCCGUAACGGCCGGGAGAUACCAGGUGUGGUGUCCCAGCAGGACAACGGGAAGACGUUCAGUGUGUCCAGCACCAUCCGGAUCCCCGUAGAAAGGAAAGACAACGGGGCGGCUCUGAGCUGCGAGGCUUUCCACCCGGCGCUGAGUGGACAGAAGAGGAUCCGCCACUACCGCCUGGAUGUGUAUUUUGCACCCACAGUGAGAAUCGUUCCUCCUACUGGCAUUUUGCGAGAGGGUGACUCGCUUACCCUCAGCUGCUCCGUCAAUGGGAACCCACUGCCCAGGAACAUUCAGUGGUCCAAGAUUAAUGACACUUUACCUGAGAGGGCGGAGAUUUCUGGCCCCACCUUCCAGAUUUCCCGUCUCAGCCAAUCACACAACGGGACAUACCUGUGCCAGGCUCAGAACAACUACGGACGUGCCGCCGAUCAUUACACCCUACUGGUGUAUGAUAAUGUCACCUCCCAUUCCGUCACCCCAACCCUCCUAACAUCCAGCUGGGCCUUGGACCCGAAAGAUCCCGGUGCAGUGGUGGAGACUCACAGCGCCGUGCCAUACGCAGUGAUAGGUGGUGUUCUGGCACUGCUGGUUUUCACUGUCAUCUGUGUCCUCAUCGUCACCAUCUGGUGCUCCGUCCGGCAGAAAGGCUCGUACCGUACCCGAGAGCCUAUUCUUGCUUGGUAUUGACCUAACAAUCAGUUAACUAAUGAAUUAAUCAUUCACAGGUUCCUAUCUUACCCAUGAGGCCAGUGGGUUGGAUGAACAUGGUGAGGUGCAGGAAGCCUUCCUCAAUGGGAAUGACGCCAGCCAGGGCAAGAAGGAGUACCUACUGUAGCCCUUCCCCAUCCCCUUCUCUUCUGACCUCAGCCCUCCAUCCCUCCCCCUCCCCGUCUCCCUCCUUAUAUACAGUAUACACACACACACGUACACUUCUACACAAUGCGCCAUAACAGGCAGCCUUCUGAAAAACGACUGUAUACAGAUACCGCACACAGCCAGUCCAUCCUGCUCCAUUCCACCCCAUAUCCUCCACACACACUCACACACAAACCCAGAGACAGACUGAGAAAGCGAGAGCCUAUAGACCCACCAGCCAUUAAUGAAUGUGCCAUAUACUGUAAGCAGGAGAAACCGACGGGAAAUGGAGAGAGUGAGCGAGCGGGGGGGAGACAGUAGAGAGGGCGAGGUGCAUGUAGGCAAUAACGAAAUUAUGCCAUAAUUAUUUUUGAUCGAGAGGAAAGCAGGGAGCACAAAGAAAACUGGCAUUCCGCCCGUGUGGCCACCAAAGUGGAAGCGGAAUUAGAGGCAGAUGACUGCUAUUAUUCCAAGCCUGGAGAAAACCAUUUCACAAAGCUCAAUCUUUAACCUGCGGAGACAGAGGCAGCCAGUGUGCGAGGAGGGAUGAGGGGGAACCAGGGAGAGUUGACCGGGAGCUAUUGAGCAGCCGGUGCUAGAAAAUUGAAAUUUUUUUGAAAUUGCAAGAGCAUCUUGCCUACAGAGCGUCGCUCAUAUAUAAUUCCAUAACAACACUGGAGUGUGUAAGCCCAGAGUCCCGAGAAGGAUCCAUACUUUAUGAACAAGCUAACUGUCCUCUUUUGCUUUCCCUGUUGGGUGAUCUGCCAAUAACUUGUAUUUUUCCUCUUGCUGCAGUUGUGAGGAAAAUUAAUUUACUCCCCCUUCCUCUACACUCACCUGUUACCAUCCUCUUCCCUCUGCCUUAUAUCUCUCUUUCUCUCCGUCCGCCGCUCCCUCAAUCGCUCCUCCUUUGUUGGCUCCUAAUAAUGAAAGGAUUAGUGUUGGGCUGUGUUCCCGACAAAGAAGAAAGGAAUAUGACUUGCUAAGGCAUUAAAGAAAAGCUUAAUUAUUUUAGAAUGUCAUUAAGAGGAUAAAAAGGUUUAAAAGUCUUAUUAAGAAGGGCAAUGGGAGCAAUAGAAAAAGGAAUGAAUGGGAAUAGGAAAUGGAUGGAUGUUUUUUUCCUGAAUGCUACCACACAUAUGCAGAUACAUGCACACAUUCAUACGUACAGUAAACACGUCGACAGAACAAGUAUACAUAUCUCUGAAUUCCUUAUUUGUAUAAAAAAAUGAACAGUAACAUAAAUUAAAACAUAAAAUGAAACUUUUAAGAAAUAAGAAAACAGUUUACUAUUGAAACUCAUUAUGAAGCAACUAUACUAACACAGAAUAUUAGCCUAUAGAGGUGCAAAGCCGAACAAACUACUGUCAAGUGAUCUUUAAA